AUGGCUAUCACUCGUCGCCAACAGCACCAGUAUUCUAAGGCGCUUCGGUCAGGCCGUAGGCUUUGGGGUCAGAUUGGGCAUGUUUCUCAUUACCAGCCAGCUGUUGCAAAGAGGCUCCCGCGGUCCAGCCUGGAAGUCAGAAUGUCAGGAGACACGAAAAAUUCUCCCCUUCCAGUUCACAAUCCAAAAGAAUCAAACAUCCCGGAAAUCACAAUCCUUGGGAAUAGUUCUAUCUACCACGACUAUGAUGAUCAGCCACAGGGUCCCACGACGGGCCCCCGAAAAUGGUUGGAGCCUUUUGCGAAGAGGUUCUGCUUUAUGCAUGGUCAAGAAGAAUUACUUCUGCGCUUCUCCCCUCUCUGGAUAAACCAAGAAGAGUUUAAGGUGCCGCGGGGAAAGUCAAAGAUGCACGACAAAAUGAAAAAGUAUCAAAGAACACCAUGGGACUUGGAUCCUAGGCUGCGAUGCAACCACGCUGACUGCGGAACCUCAUUAUGGAGGCAAGUCGAUGUUCCUCUAGAUUAUGUCGAACAGGAGGGCAAGUCACUCUAUCAAAUUCGGUGGCGACUUGUGUGGACGCCAUUCAGCGAGAUAGAGGACCUUGAUCGCGCACAGGCAUUACUUGAGAAUCAACGAAUCAAACAGAACCUCCGGACAAGUCCACGUGCUGGAGAGAUAGUCGAAAAGCGGUUGCAAAAGCUGGGAGAAGUAGCAAAGGUGGUCCAGUUGGAGGGAAUUUUGGAAGCUUGA